ACACCUCUGAACUUCAAUGGCGACUGUUCUUUCUCUGAACUGGACCCGGUUCGCUUCUCAAGUUCCUCGCUCUUUUUCCUCUCCAUUUCUUCGUAAACACAGUCAAUUUAUCAGGUUAUACCGGAGCUUCCAGUUUUCCGGUAGCUUAUGCACUUUGUACUCCUCCUCUAGACGGCCUUUCACCGUCGUAGCUUCCAGUUCUCCGUCGAAUGAAUUGGCAGGCUCGAGUAGCUAUGCUGAGGUGGGUGAUGAAAGAUAUGAUGUGAUUGUGGUGGGAGGAGGCCACGCAGGAUGUGAAGCUGCCCUUGCUUCAGCACGAUUAGGGGCAAAAACACUGCUUCUUACUCUUAAUAUUGAUCGCAUCGCAUGGCAGCCAUGUAAUCCCGCAGUUGGUGGACCUGCAAAGUCUCAGCUGGUGCAUGAAGUCGAUGCAUUGGGUGGUGAUAUUGGAAAAAUAGCUGAUAGGUGCUAUUUGCAGAAACGUGUUCUUAACAUCUCUAGGGGCCCUGCUGUUUGGGCAUUACGUGCACAGACAGAUAAGAGAGAAUAUGCUCUAGAAAUGAAAAAGAUUGUUGAGAGCACCCCAAACCUCUUUAUCAGAGAGGCAAUGGUAACAGAUAUUUUGUUGGGGAAAAAUGACAACGUUGAGGGGGUCUGUACUUUCUUCGGAAUGAACUUCUAUGCACCGUCAGUGAUUCUGACGACAGGGACCUUUAUGAGUGGGAAAAUUUGGAUUGGUAGAACUUCAAUGCCUGCUGGAAGAGCUGGUGAAUCAGCUUCCGUUGGUCUAACAGAAAACUUGCAGCGCCUUGGUUUUGAAACUGAUAGGCUAAAAACUGGAACCCCUGCGCGUGUGGACUCUCGUACUGUGGAUUUCUCAGGAUUGGAGCCCCAAUAUGGAGAUGAAGAGGUAAGCUGGUUCAGUUUUGAUGCUAAUUACCAUAUAGAAAGGGAACAAAUGUGUUGCUACCUUACACGUACCACAAAGAGUACUCAUCAGCUAAUUAGAGAUAAUUUGCAUGAAACUCCUACUUAUGGAGGUUGGGUGGAAGCUAAGGGUCCUCGAUACUGCCCCUCCAUUGAGGAUAAGAUUGUAAGAUUCCAAGAUAAAGAGUCUCAUCAAAUAUUCCUUGAACCGGAGGGUCGAAGUGUCCCUGAGCUCUACGUGCAGGGAUUCUCUACUGGUUUGCCGGAGAGACUACAGUUGCCACUUUUACGAACAUUACCCGGACUUGAGAACUGUACAAUGCUGAGACCAGCCUACGCUGUAGAGUAUGAUUACUUGCCUGCUUAUCAGUGCUCCAGAUCCCUAAUGACUAAAAAAAUCGAGGGCCUUUUCUUUUCUGGCCAGAUAAAUGGGACAACAGGCUAUGAAGAAGCUGCUGCCCAGGGGAUCAUAUCUGGAAUUAAUGCUGCUAGACACUCAGAUGGAAAGCAACUUAUUGUUCUUGAGAGAGAAAGUAGUUUUAUAGGGACUCUGAUUGAUGAUCUUGUAACCAAAGAUCUUCGAGAGCCUUAUCGCAUGUUAACAAGCCGCUCAGAACAUCGUCUGCUUCUGCGGUCUGAUAAUGCGGAUAGCCGUCUCACCCCACUUGGUCGUGAAAUCUGCUUAAUAGAUGAUAGAAGGUGGAUGAUGUACCAGGAGAAGCAAGCUCGUAUCAUGGAGGAGAAAAAACGGUUGAAAGCAGUUAGAAUUUCAGGUGGAGAGUUGGCCGCUGAAGUUACUCUUCUCUCUGCUCAGCCAGUAAGGGAUUCAUCAACACUAGAGAGCCUGCUUAAGAAACCACAUGUACAAUACGGAGUUUUUGAUAAGCAUGGGUUUGGAAAUUGCACUCUGUCCAGAAUGGAGAAACAGUGCGUAGAGAUUGAUAUCAAAUAUGAAGGCUUCAUUGUACGCCAGCAGAGCCAACUUCAACAGAUGGUUCAUCAGCAGCACAAACCAAUUCCUGAGGACAUAGAUUAUUAUGCAAUGACUACUUUAUCACUCGAAGCACGUGAAAAACUGUCAAAGGUUAGGCCUCAAACAAUUGGGCAAGCGAGUAGAGUUGGUGGAGUUAAUCCUGCUGACAUUACAGCACUCCUCAUUAUUCUCGAAUCAAACAGGAGGAAAGCCAAAGAGCAGAGUAGAGAAGAAGCAGUACUUUCAUGAAGGAUAUGGAUGAACAACCUAAAGUCCUCUUCAAAAGACGGUCCGUCUCUUAAAACCAGCAGCAAUACAUGUCUGCAUCAUCUUUAGAUCAAUGAAAUUAAGUCCUUAUUUAACCUGCUGUAUAUUCUCUAACAAAGGUACCAUCGUCCAUCACCACUUAGGAUGAUAUAGUCUUCCUGUUUUCAUUUGAGAUUCGUUUAGCGAAAAAACGAAACCAGAGGUUAAAUCAAGCUUGUCUCGUCAUCCUCCCCAAACCCAAAACAAAAAGAAGUUAAAUUAGAGUUUUCUGUAUACUAGAAAAUUCAUAUCCUCUGUAUUUAGGCAGGUUUUGGUAAGCUAAACUUCAAGGGGUACCUUCCUUUAGAACAUGUUGUCCUGUGUCCUCAAUUAUAGCCAAAUUUGGGCCAAACUUAAAUCAAAAUAUUACAGGUGGUAUAUUUAAACUCUUUUUUUUUUUGUACAAGAGAA